CACAGUGCCGCAGAUAGGGGCUGCAAACGCACGCAGCGCUUAUGCAGGUGAGGUGCCGACUGGCAAGUAGACUAAGAAUGUGGGACAGAAUAAGGAAUUCAUCGUUGAAAUUGUACUAAUUAUUCUCAAUACCUUCAUCGGAAUUACAAUUUUCUGUGUUCCUCUCUUUUUUCCUGAUCUCCGCAGUAACAUUCUUUUUUUUUUUUUGGCCAGGGAGUUUUUCCUCAUUGCCUGCAAGUGAGCGAACUAUCACACAUUAAAGAGACUUGAGAAAUCAGAGCGCACGGAUGCUUGGAUAGUCUACAGGGCAGAUCAUAUUCUGCUUAUUCGCAUCUUCAAGGUAAGAGGACGGGCAGCUCCAUACAGUAGGCUCCUGUGUCUUCAAGAGUUCGGAAUCUGUGCGGGCAGUCUCAUCACUCUUAUUCUGUAUUUGGAAAUAUCUUUGGACGGAGUCAUCUUGGAUAGCCCACCGAAAAAGGAAGGAUUCUUUAUUUGAAUUGCAAUUCCAGGAUACGUUUUCAAACUGAAAUUGACUGAUUUAAAUUUGAAGUGAAUUGACAAAACUGUUUGGACAUUUGCAUGAUCAUGUCAUAAUGCUUUCAUGACAGAGGCUACAACAGUAGCGCACGGACUGUUGCAUUUGUGCUUUUCACGGAAUGUGUCUUUAUUAAAAUAAGAAAAGAACAAAAUAUUGAAUACAAACGCAAAAAAGCAGAGAGAAUAGCCCGCGCACUUGCUGUUCACUGCAGUUGAGGCAGAGUGGGAGGGCGUCCGGAGAAUGAAGUCUCACGCAUCCUGAAACGGAGGACUUAAAACCUAACCGAAAACGAACAUUGUUUAACAGAUAAAAAUAUAGGCUACUCAGCUAAGAACUCGUAUACAAAUUCGAUUUCAGGCUUCAUAAUCAAGUAAAUUCAUUCAGGUGGAACAAUGAGGACUACUGGCGCAGUGGACUAUCUAUGCUACUGUAUUAUCAUCCUGCAGCUGCUGAAUCAGCCCGCUGCUAAGCAAGUGCUCCGAUAUCGCUUGGCUGAGGAGGGACCCGCCGAUGUCAGGGUAGGAAACGUAGCAGCAGACCUCAAAAUUGUUGCCGGGUCCGGUGAGGUUACAUUUACGCUCGAGUCCGGCUCAGAUUUUUUCAAAAUAGAUAACAUUACAGGCGAGCUGACCACCAAUGAACGACGGAUAGACCGUGAAAAAUUACAACAGUGCCAAAUGAUAUUUGAUGAAAAUGAAUGUUUCAUCGAUUUUGAAGUGUCCGUUAUUGGACCGGCGCAGAGCUGGGUCGAUCUUUUUGAAGGAAAAGUAAUCAUUUUAGACAUAAAUGACAACACCCCAUCAUUCCCCUCACCUGUUCUGACUUUGUCUGUGGAAGAGAACAGACCUAUUGGCACCCUUUAUCUAUUGCCCCCGGCCACAGACAGAGAUUUUGGCAGAAAUGGCAUCGAGAGAUAUGAGCUUAUUCAGGAUGGGGAGAGCUCGAGGCGGCUGGGCUCGAGCUCCGGGGGACGCGCGGACAACGGAGAUUCUUUCUCAGGCAAGAGGAGAUUUGACGAGGGGGCAAGCAGAAGUAGUGUGUUUGAACUGCAAGUUGCUGAUACGACGGACGGCGAAAAGCAGCCCCAGCUCAUCAUUAAGGGGGCACUGGACAGGGAGCAGAGGGACUCUUAUGAGCUCACGUUGCGCGUCAGGGAUGGGGGUGAUCCCGCACGCUCCUCUCAGGCCAUUCUCAGGGUGAUGAUCACCGACGUGAAUGACAAUAGCCCGCGCUUCGAGAAGAGCGUGUACGAGGCCGACCUACCCGAGAACAGCUCCCCUGGUGCCCCCAUCCUGCAGCUGAAAGCCUUUGACGCCGACGUGGGGGUGAACGGUCAGAUUGAGUAUGUUUUCGGGGCAGCCACGGAGUCAGUGAGGAGGUUACUGAGGCUGGACGAGAGCACGGGCUGGCUGAGCGUGCUGCACCGCAUAGACCGCGAAGAGGUCAGCCAGCUGAGGUUCACCGUCAUGGCCCGGGACCGCGGCCAACCGCCUACAAAGGACAAGGCCACGGUGAUCCUCAACAUCAAGGAUGAGAACGACAACGUGCCCGCCAUCGAGAUCCGCAAAAUCGGACGCAUCUUCCUCAAAGACGGGGUCGCCAACGUGGCCGAGGAUGUGGUGGUGGACACCCCCAUAGCCUUGGUCCAGGUGUCUGACCGUGACCAGGGCGAGAAUGGCAUCGUCACCUGCACCGUGGUGGGGGACGUCCCCUUCCAGCUCAAACCGGCCAGUGAGAUGGAGGGGGAGCAGAACAAAAAGAAAUACUUCCUCCAUACCUCGGCCCCGCUGGACUACGAGGCCAUACAGGAGUACAAUGUUGUCAUUGUUGCUGUGGACUCGGGAAGCCCUAGCUUAGCGAGCAACAACUCACUCAUCGUCAAGGUGGGGGACACCAACGACAACCCGCCUGUGUUCAGCCAGAGCGUUGUGGAGGUGGUCUUCCCUGAAAACAAUGCCCCUGGUGAGAGGGUGAUGACCUUGUCGGCCAUGGAUGCAGACAGUGGCAAAAAUGCGGAAAUCGCCUAUUCUCUGGACCCAUCCGUGAAUGGAAUUUUCUCGAUCGAUGAAGACACGGGGGACCUCAGAGUCCAUAUGAUUUUGGACCGUGAGCAGGCCGACAGGCACGAGUUCAAAGUGAUAGCCAAAGACAAGGGCAUGCCCAUUCUGCAGGGCUCCGCCACGGUGGUCGUCCUCGUGUCCGACAAGAACGACAACGAGCCUAAGUUCAUGCAGGACGUCUUCACCUUUUACAUCCGGGAAAACCUGCAGCCCAACAGCCCCGUUGGCAUGGUGACCGUCGUGGACGCCGACAAGGGGCAAAACGCCCAAAUGAGCCUGUUCGUCGAGGAGGAGGAGGAUAUCUUCUCCAUCGAGAAUGACACAGGGACGAUCUUCUCCACCAUGUCCUUUGACCGCGAGCUGAAGACCGCCUACACUUUUCGCGUGAAGGCGGUGGAUGGCGGAGACCCGCCCAGGUCGGCCACGGCGACGGUCUCUCUCUUUGUCAUGGAUGAGAACGACAACCCCCCGACGGUUACCUUCCCCAUCAACAGCUCUUACACCCUCCUCCCCCCGUCCAGCAAUGUCAGGACCGUGGUGCGAACCGUCAUGGCCACCGACACGGACACGGGGAUCAAUGCCGACCUGAGCUACAGCAUCGUCGGUGGCAACCCGUUCAAGCUGUUUGAGAUCGACGGCGGCAGCGGGGUCAUCUCCUUAGUGGGCAAGCUGGAGCAGAAACACUACGGCCUGCACAGGCUGGUGGUCCAGGUGAACGACAGCGGCCAACCUUCCCAGAGCACCACCACCCUGGUCCACGUCUACGUCAACGAGACCCUGUCCAACUCCAGCGUGGUCGAGGCCCAGGUGGCCAAGAGCUUGGGUACCCCCCUCAACACCAACAUCGCCGGCGACCCCAACUACGACCUGGGCAAACAGAGGCUGAGCAUCGUCAUCGGGGUGGUGUCGGGCAUCAUGACGGUCAUCCUCAUCAUCCUCAUCGUGGUCAUGGCCCGUUACUGCCGCCCCAAGAACAAGAACGGUUACGAGGCGGGCAAGAAGGACCACGAGGACUUCUUCACGCCCCAGCAGCACGACAAGAGCAAGAAGCCCAAGAAGGACAAGAAGAACAAGAAGUCCAAGCAGCCGCUGUACAGCAGCAUCGUGACCGUGGAGGCGUCCAAACCCAAUGGCCAACGCUACGACGGCGUCAAUGAGAAGCUGUCGGACAGCCCCGGGAUGGGACGCUACCGCUCCGUGAACGGAGGGCCCGGAAGCCCGGAUCUGGCCCGGCACUACAAGUCCAGCUCGCCUCUCCCCACCGUCCAGCUUCAUCCACAGUCUCCGACGGCCGGGAAAAAGCACCAGGCGGUACAGGAUCUGCCCCCUGCGAACACAUUCGUUGGGACCGGAGAUAACAUUUCCCUUGGAUCUGACCACUGCUCUGAAUACAGCAGUCAAACCAUCAACAAGUACAACAAACAGCCGUUCCGCAGAGUGACCUUCUCGGUGGUGAGCCAGCCCCAGGACCCGCACCAGGGAUCGCUGCAGAGCUGCUACGACAGCGGGCUGGAGGAGUCGGAGACGCCCAGCAGCAAGAGCUCGUCCGGCCCCAGGCUGGGGGCCCUGCCCCUGCCCGAGGACAGCUACGAGAGGACCACGCCGGAUGGCAGUGUCGGUGAGGCAGAGCAUAUGGAAAAUGACACCCGGCCCUUGCCCGACGUAGCCAUGACGGGCAAGUGCACCCGGGAAUGCGACGAGUACGGCCACUCCGACUCCUGCUGGAUGCCUGUUCGCACGUCGCCCGAACGGCGGCCUAAGACCACCCCCCAACAACCAAAGCUUUCCACCUUCAUGAGCGCCAGCGGCAGCGGCGGCGGCGGCGGCAGUAGUAGCGGCGAGCAGUCUGGCAACCCGGAGAGCCUCGCCAUGACGGCCAUGGCCAACGGGGUAGACCCCUCCUCGGCUCGCGUGCUGGGCGACCGCAACCGCAACCUGCUCAGCACGAAGAUGGCCUCCUCCUCUUCCUCCUACGAGGCCUUCGGCUCGCCCAGCUACGGGGCGCCCGGGGCCGGGGAGGACGCAGUGGGACACCCCAUCGAGGAGAUCCCCCUAGCGCCCACCGGGGAGUACAAGCCCACGUCCUGCGGAACGCUAACCCGCCGGGAGGUCUACCUGUGAGCCAGAACGUGGUGGACGAGCCCCCCUUCCCCCUCCUUACCUCCACAGGGUCACAUCCCACAUAGUUCUCAACAGCCAGAACAACUAUUGUAGCUGGCCACGAUGAUAACAAUCUCCACGAAACGUUUCCCUACCCUGGCUAAGCUAGGGAGGAUGAAAACCAACGCCAUGCUAAAAGCGAAGUGGAUAUAAAAACAAAAUUCCUUUUUUAUAGCACCUCAUUUUUCUGGUCCAGACCUGUGACUCAGAGGAGGAAGAGGAGGAAGAGGAGGAAGAGGAGGAAGAGGCGGGGGCUGUAGAGACUCGGAGCAAGACAUCGGGUACUGCUGCUGGCGAGCCGGGCCGUCCGGAACAUUUCUGCUGCCUGGUGACCACAAUCUGUACAAUGAGCUACUCAUUUCCAUAAACAUGCAUGCAUUACCUUCCCGAUCAUCCCCAACUCCCCCUAAUGACUGUCCUGUACAAAAGAGGACCUUUCCUAUUUCAGUUUUUCUUUUUAAUGUGUUUUCUUUUUGUUCUUUUUUUAUCUAUACCUGCGGACUACUUUGAUUGACACACUGAACAGUGUGAUGAGCGAUACAUUGAUACAGUGAUACAUUUUGCGAGCGAAGCGGGCCACUAUUCCCUUGGUGCACGUGCCACAUAGACACGUGUGUGCCACAGCUCAUCAAGGUCUCUAUGCUAAACACUCAACAAGGAUCGUUUCUAAACUGCUUGUGACGAAAGUAUUUGUCCUCGCAUUCAAAGAGACCUGUAAGACAACCAAACUUAAGACUUGCUAAUGAUACCAUAACAUGGAUUUCCAGUCAAGUUGGGUUGAGACGAAGCUUUAAGAUUCUAUCCUGUGGAUGAGACUGAGACUGUCUAAAUCACCUCAUUCAGGAAGUACAUGCUCAACAAAAGGGGCCCGAGGAGGAGCCUUUAUGAUUGGCUCUGAGAAAAUCACAUGGGUCCAACAUUAUUCCAAAUUAACCAGUUUGUGUAUACUCUCUUUGCUUCUCUCAUGAACAUUGAAACUCAUUGUAUAUAAAGCAUAUAAACCAGACCUGUGCUUUAAGCUCACAUUCCCUUUGUCUCUUUCUCUCUCUCUCUAUCUCUCUCUCUCUCUCUCUCUCUCUCUCUCUCUCUCUCUCUCUCUCUCUCUCUCUCUCUCUCUCUGUCUCUCUUUGUCUCUCUUUCUCUGUCUCUCUUUGUCUCUCUCUUUCUCUUUGGAUGCUAGGAGAGUGGACGUUAACCCCACCUCCCAAUUACAAAUGCAAAUUAUUUGACCUCUAUUACUGGUUCCAGUCUGCUUGUAGAUUGCAUAUGUGUGUAAAUGGUUGUGUGUAUUUCUAUAGCACAUGUUUCACACUCAAAGUGCCCUUUUGGACGCGGGCUAAAAUGCUGACCAGGGUUUCUGUUUCACACGAAUGCACAUGCCGACACAAAACACAACAUACACAACAGGGUUUUGGUGUUAUGGAAGUGUUGAGUUUGGAAACACAACAAUCGUAAAUCUAAGAAUUUGGAACUUCUAUUGUAAUACUGUGUGAGUACAUUUGGACAUAGGAAUACUUAUCUGGCCUAGCAUAACUUUGAUGUGGCGAUUUUGACAGUCAAUCACAAUAUUUGUUUGAGUGUGUGCUAGACUGAGCAAUAAAUACCAUAUUGUACACAACAUUGACACAAACAGCCUAUUCUCCGUCACACAUUGGCAAGCCUACAAACACAAAGGGUGACUCCAACCAAUCUUUGCACGUCUAUUUCUGGAUACCGCACAUGCUACCGUAGCAAAUGUUACAUUUCAUGUCAGCACAGACAUAUUUGAGCCAGAAUGUGUGAAUCAGUGGAGAACAAUCACAACAACGCUGAUGUGCAGUUACCACGCGCUGCGGGCCAGCACCUAUUUGGGAAAAAGUCUUAACAAGUUGGUAUAAUUAGAAAACCAAAGCAUAGGUAAACGCCGACGAGCUUUGAGAUAUGAUCCCCCUGUAGAGAGAGAAAAAGAAACACCACAGAGAAGAAAAAAAAAUUUUUUGGUAGUGUGUUUGCUUUUAAUGCAUAUACACAACAUAUACAUGUACAGUAUAGAGAGACUUUAGGCUGAGUGUAUGUGUAAGGAUGUUGCGUGUAGACAAACAUCCAUAUAAUUUGGAACUGACGCUUACGACCGUGACAACACACAAAAUGAACACACAUAGAGUAGUACGAGACUUUGCGCCGCCUUACUCCCUGUGUGCUGUUGUUUCAUUCAAAAGUGAAGAGAUACGAUGUCCUGUCAGCUAAAGAAUAUCCAAUGCAAUGGAACCCUUUUGUAUGUUAACUAACCCUUCAGUUUGAAUGGACUACUUUUUUUUGCAGUCUGCCAAUCUGUAGUCUGUAAGUACUUGUUGUUUGAAAGAAGUGCUCCUAUGCUUAUAAACUGUAUACAUAAAUAUGUACUUUUUAUUGCACGUUUAAAGGGAAUUUACUUCACUUACUGAGAAAAUGUACAAAAAAAUGUAUCCCUGUGAUCAUAGAGGUUCAUCUUGUUGCUUGCUUUUGUUAUACCUAAACAAACAUUGGCCAUGUAGUAUGACUUAGGAUAUCAGUUGGAGGCUAAUAAAAUGUACCUUUAUUUAGCAUUAAGCAUUAUUUUCCAUCUUCACUUUUCUUUAAUCAGCUGUUAUCUAUUCAUAAUUGUAUUUUUUUCAAACUCACUCCACUGAGCAAAAUAUCUAAAAUGAAACCAUAGAGCAACAUACGUACACUGUAGGCUACGAGAAACUUAUGGAACACAGUGAAACCAUUUGGAAAUUUUAAUUGGCAAGGCUAUUCUUGGUUACAUUUGGACUGUUUAUAUAUAUAUAUAUAUAUAUAGUAUAUAUUUCCAGCAAUGGUCAUAAAAUUGGAAAUUAUCAUGAAUAAGUACAUAGUAAUUUUUUUCUUUACUUUUUUCUCUUCUAGUGCCACUUUGUAUAUUUAGUGCUUCUGUAAAAAAAAAAGAAAAAGAAAAGAAAAACUAAAACAUAACAACAAACAUACAAAAAAAAAGAGUGAAUGCAAAAUAUGCAAUUGUGCCUUUUUAUACCUAUUGGUAUGGUAAUUGUUGGUUCGGAAUGGAGCAAAAACCACAUUAUGCUGACAUGCUUUCAAAAAGUAGUUUGGAUGAAGUUGAAGUACAAGUGAAAUACAUCCUGUGGAUUAACGUAUCAUGAUAAAGUCCAACGAUGUUCAAGCAUCUUGCUAUAAGACCAGUUAAAUGCCAGUAAGCGUAAGAGUACCCCUUGAAUCUAUUCAAGAGUUUCAAUGGGAUAACGACUCGUGCAUAACCAGUUUAAUGUGGUUGUACAACCAAAUUACUAUGUUUGUAGCUGCUUUUAAAUAGUAACAAAUAUAAUGUAGUAGGAUAUGAUUAUCCUAUUGGUAUCAAAUCCAACUGCAGCAUGUUGUCGAUGUGCUUCAUCUGAAGAUACUGAAGAUCAUGUCUGUGUGUGAUACACUCUUCAGGGCUCUUCUAGGGAGUGGGGGGGAAAGAGCUUGAAGACAUUUUACUGCACUGAUGGAAGGUAGCUUCGAGAUGCUAAACAGGAGAAAUGAAAAUAGCCAAAAGGCAGAGAUUCUGACGGAAUACACACCUCAGGGUGGCCCAACAGACACACUUUAUGUAAUACACAUUUCUGUCAAAUGUAUUACACACAAAGUAUAGACAUGGACCAACAGGUUUGACUGCUUUGACAUUGCAGCAGUGGUCAGGACUGUGUAAAAUCCUGUGUUCACCGAGACAAAUUAAAAAUAGUUUGCAAGGUUUGAGAAAGGUGAUUGAUAGAAAGAGAGGCAAAUGUUUUAUUCAACAUAUUCAGUACUUUUGCUCACUUUUGAAUGUAUAUUGUUAUUGGUAUGGUACUGAUAGUCAGAAGUACAAGGGGGGUGUAACUGACUAAAUCAACUGCUUUCCUAGCGCAGCUUAACUGAGUUAGAAGUCAUAAAGGAAGUGUAUAGCAGUGUAUGCCAUCCAUACUAUCCCUGGGGUGUGUUUUCAGUCAGAUCUCUUCCAUAGUCAAUGAGCGUUCUCAGUCUGUGAUGAGAUUUGUAAUAUUAACCAUAAAUCAUUUGUCCUGCAACUUGGAUGUUGAUAUAGAAUUGAGGAAACAGUUUAUCAUUGUUUAUUAUGAGUCACUAUGCACGCAGCUUAGCUGAACAUGGCAAAAUGUAUUGAACGCAAGUCCACUUCUAUUUAUGAACUAUUUUACAUAAUUUAAUUUGCUUUUGUACAGGUUUCUGUAAAUAAAUUGCUUGUCAUUUUUGUCUCUGCAGAAAUUAAAAUAUAACAUGGUAAAAUGA